UGUCGAUUUCAAAAUGGCGCUCUUCUAUAAUUGUUAAACAUCGUUUGGUAGUAAUUAUUGAAUGCAAAAUUAUUUGAAACAAAAAUGAAAACUGCACUUAUGGUAGCAGAGAAGCCAUCUUUGGCUCAGAGUUUAGCACAAAUAUUAUCGAAUGGGGAUUUAAAGAGUCGUAAAGGUAUCAAUGGAGUUUGUCACGUCCAUGAAUAUAUUGGACAGUUUCGAUCCGAAACUAUUCGAUUUAAAAUGACCUCUGUUUGUGGACAUGUCAUGUCUAUGGACUUCAUUGGCAAGUAUAACAACUGGGACAGAGUGGAUCCGGCUGAAUUAUUUCAUGCUCCUACUGAAAAGAAAGAAGCCAAUCCAAAGUUACAAAUUCCAAAAUUUCUUCAGCAAGAGGCAAGAAACUGUGAUUAUCUUAUUCUGUGGUUAGAUUGUGAUAAAGAAGGCGAAAACAUAUGUUUUGAAGUAAUUAAUGCUGUAAAAAAUAUUAUGAAAUCUCCACAAUAUCACCAAGAACAGAUUAUAUUUCGAGCUAGAUUUAGUGCAAUUACAGAGAAAGACAUAAAAGCUGCUAUGAAGAAAUUGGUUUAUCCUGAUGAAAAUGAAGCUCAUUCCGUUGAUGCUAGACAAGAAUUAGAUUUAAGGAUUGGCUGUGCAUUUACUCGCUUUCAGACUAAAUUUUUUCAGGGUAAAUAUGGAAAUUUAGAUAGUUCACUGAUAUCAUUUGGCCCUUGUCAAACACCAACAUUAGGAUUUUGUGUUGAACGUCAUGAUUGCAUUCAAUCUUUUAAACCUGAAACAUAUUGGAUAUUACAAGUACAAAUUCUUACACCAUCAGGAGAUCCUCUAAUGCUUGAUUGGGAUAGAGUAAGAAUAUUUGAUAAUGAAGUAGCUACAUUAUUUCUGCAGUUAGUGAAAGAUAGGAAAGAAGCUAAUGUAACAAAUGUAUCGCAAAAGGAAAAAGUUCGACAACGACCUCUUGCACUUAACACUGUUGAACUGAUGAAGAUUGCAAGUGCAAAUAUGGGAAUGGCACCACAUCAUGCAAUGCAGAUAGCUGAAAAACUUUAUACCCAAGGUUAUAUCAGUUACCCAAGAACAGAAACAACUCAUUAUCCUGAAAACUUUGAUUUGGAAAGUACAUUGCAGACUCAAAGAAAUAGCCCAGAUUGGGGUGAGGAUGUUAAAUUACUUCUCUCCACUGGAAUUAAUAGACCAAGAAAGGGACAUGAUGCAGGAGAUCAUCCUCCUAUAACACCUAUGAAAUUAGCAACAAAAUCUGAUUUAGAUGGUGAUGCUUGGAAAUUGUAUGAUUAUAUAACUAGACAUUUUGUUGCAACAGUAAGUGAUGAUCUACGGUUUUUGCAAACUACAGUCACAUUUCAUAUUGGUGAAGAAACAUUUACUUGUGUUGGAAAAUCUUUAAUUGAUGCAGGCUACACUAAGCUUAUGAGCUGGCAAGGAAUUGGAUUAGAUGAAACUUUACCUUCUUUAAAACAAGGAGAUAUCUGUAAUGUUUCUGAGGUAAAACUUGUUGAACGUCAGACUAGUCCACCUGAUUAUCUAACAGAAGCAGAAUUAAUAACAUUGAUGGAAAAGCAUGGUAUUGGAACAGAUGCUUCUAUUCCUGUACAUAUUAAUAACAUUUGCCAACGUAAUUAUGUUACAGUAGGAAGUAAGCGGCGACUUAUUCCAACUCCACUUGGCAUAGUUCUUGUUCAUGGUUAUCAAAAGAUUGAUCCAGAUUUAGUUUUACCAACUAUGCGGGCAGCAGUUGAAAAACAACUGAAUCUUAUUGCUGCAGGUAAAGCAGAUUUUUCUUCAGUGUUACACCACACAUUAACAGUGUUUGAAUUGAAAUUUCAUUAUUUUGUGACUAAUAUUCUUGGAAUGGAUGAAUUGUUUGAAGUCACUUUUAGUCCCUUAUCUGACAGUGGAAAACCACUAUCAAGAUGUGGCAAGUGUCGUCGUUACAUGAAAUUAAUUGCCACAAAGCCAAAUCGACUUCAUUGUCCGCAAUGUGAUGAAACACAUUCUAUCCCACAAAAUGGAAGUGUAAGAGUUUACAGAGAAUUAAAGUGUCCAUUAGAUGAUUUUGAAUUGUUACAGUGGUCUGGUGGAAGUAAAGGAAAGAGUUUUGUAUUCUGUCCAUAUUGCUUUAAUCAUUCACCAUUUCGUGAUAUGAGAAAGUUAUCGGGCUGCAAUUCAUGUACACAUCCUGCAUGCCCACAUUCUUUGACAGUUAAUGGAGUUGCAUCUUGUUCACAGUGUGAAUUUGGUGUCCUUGUAUUAGAUCCUGCUUCUGGUCCAAAAUGGAAAUUAUCUUGUAAUAGAUGCGAUGUCAUUAUCCAUGUAUUUGAAGAUGCUCAGCGAUUGACUGUUGGCGAAGAAACCUGUACAGACUGUGGAAGUCAGAAAAUGCUUAUAGAAUAUAAAAAAGAAAAGUCAAAACUUGCAAAUGGUGCAACAGAAGCUAAUGGAUGUAUAUUCUGUGAUAGUCAGUUUUCUUCUCUAGUGGAUCAGAAACAAGCUCUUAGGCAAAGAAAUACAGUUGGUCAGGUGCACCAUCGUGGAAGAGGUAGGGGAAGAGGUAGGGGUGGAAAAACAAGAGGAAGAGGGAGAGGAAAGCCUAAAGAUAAAAUGGCUCAAUUAGCUGCCUAUUUUGUAUAGUUUUGUGUUUUUUACACAAAAUUUUAUUUAUACAAAAUGAAAAAUCCUUAUUAUUUAAUUAAAGAUUUUAAGAAAGAA